AUGAAUAAGAAACUGAAGCACGGAAACAAAGCGUCGGUGAUGCUCCAGUAUGCCGUCAUAUGCCUGCUGGUGGUUAUUCUUUUAGCAGGGAUGUUAGUCGGCUUCGCGACGAACGACGACUUGGUCGGAGAAGAGCUAGCAGCCUCGAUGCAAUGGUCAAGCAUCGACAGGUCGACCAACCCGUGCCAGAAUUUCUACAAAUACGCGUGUGGAAAGUGGAUGGCGAAUCAACAAGUGGCCGGCGUAACAUCAAACUCGAUCAGGGACGAACUUUCUAGAAACGUCAAUGAAACGAUCAUUGCUGCUCUGGAUGGUGAGCAAGGUUCUGAUUCUGACUGUGAAGCAAUUCGAACAGCCAGAAUAAUAUACAGGUAA